AUGCAAAUAAUAAUUGUGGGUGCCGGAAUAGCAGGCCUUUGCCUCGCCAUAGCCCUGUCCAAAUCAAAUCACAAAGUCCUAGUCCUCGAAUCAGCACCCCAAUUGGCAGAAAUAGGUGCUGGAGUUCAAACGACACCACAAGCAAUCAAAUACCUCUUCUCAUGGGGCUUAAAGGAUGAUUUGCUGGCAGAAUGUAUCACACCGGAGAAAAUCCUUUUCAAAGACUGGAAAGAUAGCGCUGCAAUCGGUGCUCUGGAUAUGACCAGCUUUGAAGAAGAAUACGGUGCUCCGUAUAUCGUUAUCCACAGGGCUUCGCUGCAUAGUAUCUUGCAUCGACAUGCUGUUCAGGCUGGAGCGAAGAUUCGGCUUGAUGCCACGAUCUCAAAAUAUGACUUUGAUAAUGGGAGCGUCGAGUUGAAAGAUGGCGAGAUACUAAAAGCAGAUCUCGUCGUUGGCGCUGAUGGUAUCAACUCGUUUGCUCGUUCCCAGCUUCUCGGAUCUUCUGAUCCAGGCACUCAGCCUACAGGUUGGGCUGCACUAAGAAUGAUGGCCGAGAUAUCAAAAAUCAAGGCCAAUCCCCUCACAGCCGAUCUAGUCGAUCUAAACACCUACAACUCGAAUUUCUGGAUUGCUCCGGAUACAUCCUGCAUGACGUAUUGGAUCAAAGAUGCAUCGAUGCUGAAUAUCGUUCUUUCUCAUCGCGACAACAUCGACAUGAGACAUUUUUCAUACGAACAACAUAAGCAAGUGGUUGAUAACCUCUUUGGACAAUAUGACCUGCCUGUCCGGCACCUCCUCGAUCUAGCACUUCCCAAAAUCACAAACUACCCCGUUUACGCCGUCCCGCCCCUCUCACACUGGAUCCAUCCUUCUGGACGCUUCACGCUUGUCGGCGACGCAGCGCACGCAAUGGCUUUUUACAUGUCUAUGGGCGUUAGCCUGGCUGUUGAAGAUGCCGUGUCUCUCGCGAGUGUCUUAGACCUUACCUGUGAAUCAGAUACAGGUCCAGCUGGGCUGAAAGACGCACUCGGUGUAUUUGAAAAGGUGCGCAAGCGCAGAGCUGAGACUGUUCAGAAGGCUAGUUUACGUGCGGGUGAUUCAUACCAUGUACCCAAUGGAAAAGAGCGAGAGGCGAUGUAUAAGCUCAUGUCACGUCCGAAUGAGGACGUUGAGUCUGGGAUGUCUGAGUCGUCGAAGGUCGAGGAUGGGACUGGGUGUAGUAUUCACAAGACUGUUGGAGGUCUUGCUAAUAAGAGGACCAGGGAUUGGUGCUAUGGUUAUGAUGCCGUUGGGGAUGUACUGGGUUGUUUCGGUGAGAAGAUGUAG